GGCGCGAUAUUUCGCACGAAUCGCAACGCCUCUGUGUGCGACCGUCACCGUGUAUUAUAAUGAUUGAAAACGAUAUUUAAUUUUGGUGUAUUGGUGAUGCCUAUUUGGUAUUUGAGCCCAAGGUUGCAUAUUGAGAUUAUUAGCAAAUAAUGAUUUCUCUUUUACUUUCUAAGCGGCUUUGAAUUGAUACUGAAUUGGAGUUCAACUUUGAGUUGGCUCACGGACCAGUCCUGAGAGUCGGCAGCGAUGGGCUCGGACGUGGCGUCUGAGCCGCGCCGCCGGAGCGCGCUCUUCACGUCGCCGGCGAUGCGGCGCAGCCUGUCGGCGGCGGCGGCCGGCUCGGCGGGCAAACGGUCGCCGCAGGGCCGGCGCAGCAGCCGCGGCGCCGCGCCGGAGGUGGAGCCCUUCGACAUUCCGCAGCACGAUGAGGAGGCGGAGCGGCGCCAGGAGCAGCAGCAGCAGGCGGCCGCCGACCGGCGCCGCUCGCUGCCCGGCAUCGCCGGCCUCAGCCACGGCCAGCUGGCGGCCCACUACGCCAGCUGCGUCAAACUCAGCGCCGAAAACAAAAUCAACACCAAGAACGCCUUCAGCCUGCAGCUCAUCGACUGCAUGGCACAGAUGAUGCGACAGAAGAAGUCGGACCUGGAUAACUUUCAGGUGGCCAGCUACACCCUGGAUGCCUCGGCCAAGAUCUACGGCUACCGCGUGGAGGCGCUCCACGGGGAGACGCUGCGCAUGGCCGGCGGGCUGGGCCGAGCCGACGGAAAACCUAAGGAGGACGGCGACACGCCGGCCGGGGACGACGGGGCCGCGCCGGGCGCCGAGAAACGACGCAGAAAGACGCGUCGUAUGGCCACGGUGCGCAGUAACCUGGCGGCGAUCACGGGCCGGUCGGGCGGCGCGGCGGCCGUCUCCGGCGCCGGCCGGACACCCUGGGCCGCCGCCGAGGACGGCCGACCCGGCUGCGCCGCCUUCCUCAGCCUGCUCUGGACCCGGGACGACGGCCAGGAGCUGAUGGUGGACGGCGAGGGUCGUCCGGCCGCCGCCACCGCCGUGCCAGAGCCGCCCGAGCAGCAGCCGCCCGCCGUCACCGUGCCCGCGGUGGAGGAGCGGGUGCUGUGCCCGCCCCUGGAGAGGUUCUCCUUCACCUCCUGGAGCGUGGAUCAGGAACAGGAUAACGAGCGGAUGGAGAUGCCGCCGCCGCCGGCGCCGCCGCCAGCCGACCCUCGACACAGGUUCGAUAUGAACGCCCCGCCGCACAGCCCCAUAGCCGAGGAGGAUCCCAUGUUUGGAGGGAUGGAUGACGACUGUGAUGACGGCGCCGACGGCGGCGGCGGCGGCGACACGCUGGUGACGGUCGGCGGCGCCGGCUGCCGGCCCGCCGAGCGGCCCACCCUCGUCAGCAUGGUGUCCGCGGUGCCGCAGGAGUACAGCUACUUUGACCAGCCGCGCCUGCUGGCCUGGGCCGGACCGCGACACUGGAAGCCGCGUCUGCCCGCCGGCGCCGCGCGGCCGGCCGUGCCCGCCGAGCCGGGCCGCCGCCGUCGGCGCAAAGAGAUCGAGCCGUUCGACUAUGACGUGGAGGUGGACUGGAAGUCGGCCUUUGCCGUGCCCAAGAAGGCCACCCAGCUCAAACAGGCCACCAUGAAAAAAUGGAGUGACGAGAAGACCACGCUGCCCGAGGACCUGCACUACGACGUGGCCAGCCUCUUCAAGUUAUUCCUGCGCCCGGACAUGCGUAUCGUACGGGACCUGGCGGCGGCUGCCGACUCCCAGUCUCAGGUGGACCUGGAUGGCAGCGUGGCCGACUACGACUACGAUAACGACAGGGAUACGGCCGACUACUGUCCCGAUGUACCGCUCAGUGAGGGCUGCGACGACUACGACCAGGAGGCGACGUUCCUGCCGUCGGGCGGCGCGUGCGACGCCAGUGAGCUGCUCUCCUCCACACAGGUGGUGCUGGACACACCGGGCGGACUGCUCAUCGGGGACAACCUUGUGCAGGCGCCGAAAAAGGUGGAGAGGAUCCUCAUUCCGUACGCUCGGACGGCCAAGAAGAUGGACAUGCGGAAGCUGAAGGCGGCCAUGUGGGAGAUCCUGGCGGACAGAGGAAAUGACGACAAGGAGAACGCCACCACUCCGUCCCGUAGCGUGCUGAAGGAGGCGGUGAUGCCGCCCGGGCGCGACUACAGUUUCCGAGAGCUGUACCACCGUCUGCCCAGCCACAUGUCGACCAAGAUGGCGGACAACCUGAGCGUGGCGCUGGCGUUCACGGCUCUGCUGCACACGGCCAACGAGAGGUGUCUGAGGAUCACCGGCACGCGCCGGAUGGAGGACUUCUUCAUAGCGCAGGACACGCCGUGAGAGAGUCGGCCAGUGCCGGGCGGAGUUUCGGGAGGAGUUGUGUUGUAAGUUACGAUCCGGGUGGGGGGUUCCGAUGUGUGAAAGGGAGAUGCGAGGAGAAUGGAUGUACAAAGUGAUAUGUUUAGGUUCGUAUGGAUAAGCGGAUGUCUGUAUUGUACGUUGUCGGUAGUGUAGCAUACCGUGCUGGGGUUUCGGUCGGUGGUGUCGCCUGUACGGCCUCUCACCGGACAGUGCCCGUCUGUCGCCGAGUGUCCGCUCUCCAAAUGUACAGUCUUCCAUCUCUAGCCGGCCCCGGCGGACGGACACAGGCCGAUCGACACGGUGUUCGUUCAGUUAUAUUAUCCCCGCGACCGCGGCCGCCGGGGCAUCAUUGACAGUGAGGCCGUAAGACGGCGCUAGCGUUCACACUCAUCAUCACACUCAUAUUCAGAUUCCCCGACCCCUGGUUUUUGUUGGGUCGGCGUUUGUAUGCACUAACAAGCAACAGACCUUUUAACACAAUGGGCGCGCCGCAGUAGAGGUUUUAGUGGCGCUCGUGUAUCGCAGUAUAGUAUAUAUUCUCUCGCACACUAACCGCUCGACAGAGUACAGCCUCCGCCAGGGAAAGACGCUGCGUGUACAGUGCUGGCGUGCCCUCCUUCCGCGUCUCUGCUUUGUCCAUCACCGACGGGCCGCCCUACCCACCGUUGGCCGUUCGUUUAUCGUCUCACGGCAUUUCGGCGGGCCUCGGACCGACCUCCGGCGAAUACACGAGCUGCCCGUA